CGGAAUGUGUGUGUAUACCCUCGGCAUAAUGCGUAAACGUUAAAUCUUGUCAUGUCUCAAGGUCGCUCCUUGGCAUUUAGAGCACGUGCUGCUUUUUAUCGUCCAUCGCCAUCACUACUUUCAUUGCGCUUCAUCGCUUCAGCUUCUUCACCUCACAUUCUCGAUCAUUUCAUCGGUUCUUCGUCUCGUGAAAGAUCGGAAUCGUCCUCUCAACGCCGCGAAGCAUCUGGGUUUCAACCCCACCACUCGCUCGAAGCAUCAGUCGCUUCAAGUCCCAGUCUUGACAUACGUGAGCGUUUGAUCGAUCGAUACGGCAGUUCUUGCUCCUCGGACAAUGCCAAGCUGUUCCAUUUGCAGUUACUUAAAAAUGGGUUCGACAGAGAUUUGUUCUUGUACAAUUCCCUCAUCAAUGGCUACGUCAGAGCCGGUGACUCGGCCUCGGCGCGUAGGGUGUUCGACGAAAUGCCUGAGAGGAACAGCGUUACGUGGGCAUGUGUUGUUUCAGGGUACACACAGAAUGGAAGGUAUAGAGAAGCUUUUAUGUUCUUGAGAGGGAUGAUUAAAGAAGGCAUUUUUCCGAGCCAUUACGCUUUCGGUAGUGUUCUUAGCGCUUGCAAGGAGUUGGGGUCUUCAGGGCUUCUGUUUGGGAUGCAAAUUCAUGGGUUACUCCUCAAGAUUUCCUAUUCAGUGGACGCUGUCCUUUCAAAUGUGCUUAUAUCGAUGUAUUGGCAUUGCACAGGGCGUGUAGAUUAUGCUCGCCGUGUUUUUGAUGACAUAGGAAACAAAGAUUCAGCAUCAUGGAAUUCAAUUAUAUCGGUUUACUCGAAGAAUGGAGACUAUGUAUCCGUAUUUAAGCUCUUUUCUGGUAUGCAACAUGAUGGUUUGGGGUUUGGUCUGAAACCGACCGAGUACACUUUUGGUAGUCUCAUAACUGCUGCUCGUUCUUCUGUGGGUUUGCUCAAACAGAUUCUCUGCAAGGUCCAGAAGUCAGGUAUUCUCACGGAUCUUGUUAUUGGCAGCGGUUUGGUGAAAGCAUUAGCUGAGUCUGGAUCUGUAAGUUACGCCAGGAAGGUUUUUGACCAGAUGAGCGUAAGAAAUGCUGUCACACUUAACGGAUUAAUGCGUGGUCUGGUGAGUCAAGAGCGGGGAGAGGAAGCAACUAGACUCUUUAUGGACAUGCAGGGCAAGAUUGAUGUUAAUCUUGAUUCAUAUAUAAUCCUGUUGAGUGCUUUUCCUAAGUUUUGUGUUGCCAGUGAAGGUCUGAGAGAAGGCAGAGAGGUACAUGGAUAUGUAAUAAGAACGGGUAUAAACGACAUCAUAGCUGGCAUCGGAAAUGGCCUCGUAAAUAUGUAUGCUAAGUGUGGCUCAAUAACUGAUUCCGAAGCUGUUUUCCAGUUCAUGAUGGAGAAAGAUCUCGUCUCCUGGAACUCGAUGAUCACUGGUCUUGACCAAAACAACUGCUCAGUAGAAGCAUUGGAAUGCUUCCGACAGAUGAGAAGUGAGUUCUUGCCUGUAAAUUAUACACUGAUCAAUUCUUUGAGUUCAUGUGCAAGAUUAAGUUGGACAAAGCUAGGCCAACAAAUGCAUGGAGAAAGCAUCAAGUUGGGGCUUGAUUUGGAUGUUUCAGUUUCGAACGCGCUUAUGAAAUUGUAUGCAGAGACUGGCUAUCUCAGUGAAUGCCAUAAAAUAUUUUCUGUCAUGCCAGAGCAUGAUCAAGUGUCCUGGAAUUCCAUGAUCGGAGCAUUAGCCAGUUCGGAGGGGUCACUGCCCGAAGCCGUGACAUAUUUCUUGAACAUGAUGCGUACGGGACAGAACCUCAACGAAAUAACCUUUCAAAGCAUUCUUCCAGCUAUUUCAUCCCGUUCUCUUGGUGAACUGGGCAAGCAGUUACAUGCCCUGGUUUUAAAAUAUAAUCUUGGUGAUGAACCAACCAUAGAGAACGCGCUCAUAUCCUUUUACGGGAAGUGUGAAAUGAUGGAGGAGUGUGAGAAGAUAUUUUCCAGAAUGUCAGAGCGAAGAGAUGAUAUAAGCUGGAACUCCAUGAUCUGGGGGUAUUUACAUAAUGAGCUCUUGCCCAAGGCCAUGGAUUUGGUCUGGUCAUUGAUGCGGGGUCAAGGUUUGGACAGUUUCACCUAUGCGACUGUUCUCAGUGCUUGUGCCUCGGUUGCAACCCUAGAGCGUGGCAUGGAAGUUCAUGCGUGUUCCGUAAGAGCAUGCGUAGAAUCUGAUGUUGUAGUUGGGAGUGCACUUGUUGACAUGUAUGCCAAGUGUGGAAGAGUAGAUUAUGCCUUCAGAUUCUUUGAUAUGAUGCCCGUAAGGAAUGUAUAUUCUUGGAACUCGAUGAUUUCAGGCUAUGCCCGACAUGGGCAAGGAGAGGAAGCUCUGAACCUUUUCGAAAAGAUGAAAUUGGACGGGCUGUUGCCCGACCACGUGACUUUCGUGGGAGUUUUGUCAGCUUGUAGCCACGCAGGGUUAGUUGAAGAAGGGUACAAACAUUUCGAUUCCAUGAGUGAAGUUUACAGCUUAACUCCAAGGAUAGAACACUUCUCAUGCAUGGCCGAUCUUCUUGGCCGGGCAGGUGAGCUCGAUAAGUUAGAAGACUUUGUUAACAAAAUGCCGAUGAAUCCUAACGUGCUCAUUUGGAGGACUGUCCUAGGAGCUUGUUCUCGAGGAAAUGGCCGGAAAAUAGGAUUAGGUGAUAGAGCAGCGCAAAUGCUUUUCCACUUGGAACCCGAAAACGCCACAAACUAUGUCCUGCUCGCUAACAUGUACGCCUCGGGUGGAAGAUGGGAAGAUGUAGCAAAGGCUAGAACGAGAAUGAAAGAGGCUGCAGUGAAGAAGGAUGCCGGUUUUAGCUGGGUCACAAUGAAAGACGGAGUCCAUAUGUUUGUUUCCGGGGAUAAGUCCCACCCGGAAAUCGAUCUGAUCUAUGAGAAGCUAAAGGAGCUCGGUAGAAGAAUGAGAGAAGCGGGUUAUGUUCCCGAGACAAGAUACGCAUUGUAUGAUCUCGAGCACGAGAGUAAGGAAGAGACUCUGAGUUAUCACAGCGAAAAGCUCGCCAUUGCCUUCGUUCUUCUGCGUAAAUCUUCGUUGCCUAUCAGAAUAAUGAAGAACCUUAGGGUUUGCGGAGAUUGCCACUCCGCUUUCAAGUACUUGUCGAAGAUUGUGGACCGACCGAUAACGCUGAGAGAUUCAAACAGAUUUCAUCAUUUCCGUGAUGGUGAAUGUUCAUGUGGUGAUUACUGGUAGUAAGUGUGAAGCUCGUCUUCAAACCCUAAAUUCAGAUUCUUUUGUAUUUUACUUGUCCAUUUGUUGAAGCUUUGGCUUUUUUCAGACAAAUAAGAGUAAGGACAAGGAAACGAUGCCUUGUGGUACACGGAAAGGCUUCCAUGGAUUAGGUCUUCUUAAACUCUUUUUGCUCAAAUCCAAGUACGGUCGUUUUCUUUGUCA